UUUGAUGCUGAUUAUCCUCAACUUGUUGCUGCAGCCGCCAAGGAGCGCGAGAAGGCGCAGAAGGCCGCUCAACAGAGAAAAGGAACGGGCUCCUCGGGGUAUACGACUCCCGUCUCCCGGGCAAUGUCUCCUAUCACCUCACCAGUCAAAUCAGUGAGGAGACCAGGGGGAGUUGUGCAGACUCCAAGGCGAACAGGGGAGGGGACGCCAUCCAGGCGGAGCAGUGGAGGUGCUGACCAGAAGAUAUUUGACAUUGCAGCCCUGAACCUGACUUCGAAGGAGGAUAUAGUCCGCAUUGAGGAACCACCUCCUAAGGUGGCGUUAGAACGAGGAAAGCUACUGGAAGAAGCUAAAAGGGUUCUCGAAGGUGCGGGUAAGGAUGGAAAAAAGUCAGUCAGCCUGGUGGUUAUUGGGCACGUAGACGCGGGGAAAUCGACCCUCAUGGGGCGCCUUUUAUAUGAACUCGGUCAUGUGGAUGAAAAAACCCGAGUCGCGAAUGAACGGGGAAGCAGCAAAGUGGGGAAGAGUAGUUUUAGCUGGGCAUGGGGACUGGACGAAACGACGGAAGAGCGCGAGCGAGGAAUCACUAUGGAUAUCGCAUUGCAGUCUCUCACGACGUCUAAUAGGCAGAUUACGAUUCUGGAUGCACCAGGUCAUAAGGAUUUCAUACCAAACAUGAUCUCGGGUGCUUCGCAAGCUGAUUGUGCCCUCCUCGUCGUUGAUGCAGCUACUGGCGAAUUCGAGGCAGGCUUUGAUCGAGGUGGGCAAACUCGAGAACACAUACUACUCGUACGCAGUCUUGGUGUGUCUCAGGUUAUCGUGGCUGUGAAUAAACUGGAUCAGGUCAAAUGGGCGGAGAGUAGAUACAAAGAAAUAUGCCGCCUCCUGAAGGCCUUCCUUAGCCAAUCGGGGUUUCAGUCCCCCAAGAUAGGGUUUGUGCCAGUUGCUGCAAUGCUUGGUGUCAAUUUGGUGGAUCGAAGUUCUAUAGAGGGGUCUGGGUUGACGAAGUGGUACAAGGGUCCCACCCUGGUAGACCUGUUAGACAAAUUGGAGCCUCCUGUUCGCGAUAUUGAGUCGCCGCUGCGAAUACCGAUAUCUAACGUCUUCAAGGCUCAGGGCUCCGGCACCGGCGUUAGUGGCAGGGUAUGUGGUGGUGUUGUACAAGUAGGAGAGCGGGUACGAGUGUUACCAGGAGACGAAACCGCUGUCGUUCGAUCUAUCGAGGUUGACGAGAAUAAUGUACCAUGGGCUGCAGCUGGCUCCAAUGCUACACUAUACCUUGUAGCCAUUGACCCCAUCUACCUUGCCGUUGGAAGCAUCCUCUGUCCACCCGGGAAUCUUGUUCCACUUGCUACUGCAUUUAGUGCACGUAUCAUCGUCUUCGACAUCCAGGUGCCGAUCACCGUUGGAACUUCUAUAGAGCUGUUCCAUCAUUCGCGAGAUGUCCCAGCGACGCUCUCAAAAUUGGUCGCAACAAUCGAUCGUGCGUCAGGCUCUGUGGUAAAGAAGAACCCUCGCGUUCUAUCCAGAGGUACUUCUGCUGAGGUUGAGAUUACCCUGCGCGGAGGGACAUUGUCAGCGCCGUCAGCCACAGGCCGCCCAAUCCCAUUGGAGCCAUUUUCCGUCAAUAAAGACAUGGGAAGGAUCUUGGUUAGACGUGGUGGUGAAACAAUCGCUGCAGGUAUUAUGCUCAACGUAAUCGUGUGAGAUUCGAACCACAGUGAAAUCUAUCCAGUACAACUUGAAAGGAUGACCGAAACGUCUGCGAUACACAAUAACCAACUUGAGAGUAGAUGUAAAACUAGAUUCAGCGUGAAUAGCAU